AUGACAACCUCUUCUUCGCUCAUGCUGUACCGCCCAGGGCCAUCAAAUUCGCUAUCAACACGCUCGUACUCAAGCUCGCUCAUCUCGUCACGUCUGUUUAGCCAGCAAACCGGGACAGCAAUUGCUACCGAGCUUCUUUAUCGCAUUCUCAUUGACAUCAUCAACCGCUUCCUCUGUUCAUUCCAGCGCCUUGCAUCCCGUGGUAUUGACGAGGCAUCAUCCUGGAUGGAGCGCAAGCUGCAAGAACGUCGCGACAGACUGGAGGCCGCCAAAGCCGGUGCUGAGGAGGGCCUGAAGAUCGUUAAAGAGGUGGGCAGAUUGGCAGAAGAGCGGAGCUUCAUCACUUGCCCGAUGACGGGUCAUGCAAUGGACUCUAGGGUAGAGGGCAAGAGGGGUCCGCCUGGGCCGCCUCAGUGGGUUCGGGGAGUGCUCGCGGGUAUUGAUGAAGGAAGGAUAGCAGAGAGAGAUUUCUGGAUCCAUACACAUACCGGGUGA